UACCUAUCAGUAGUAAUAAACUAUUUACAUUGCUACUUUAAAAGACGACACAUAAUGAUAUAUGUAUGUUUGUUCUAAAUUUAUUGUUUCGAAAAUGUCUUCUGUAGAAGCAGAAACUAUUGGUCUUGUUGCUAAAGCGUUUUCCGAGGAGCCAAACAACAUUGAAAUAAUCGACGUCAAAGGAAAUGAUAUAGGACGCGGGUACUCCAGUGAAGUGUUGUUUAUAUUCGCCAAAAACAAAAGAACAGGUUCACAGCGACGAUUUAUAAUAAAACAAGCAUUACCAGAUUCCAAUGGAGUGUCUUCUCAGAUAACAGCUUUUAGUUUUCAUAACGAAAAAAUGUUUUACUUAACCGUUUUUCCAGCACUAAUCAAUUUUCAAAAGUUACAUAACAGUAAUAAUGUAUUCAACAAUAUGGCUGAAUGUUAUGGUGCUAUUACAGAACCUUCUAAAGAGAAGCUGAUAUUUGAAGACCUAACCUUUCAGGGUUAUGAAAUAUUUCCUUCUACAGAAAAGUUGUUAGAUACCUCGAUGUACGAAGUUUUAUUUAAAGUGUAUGGAAGGUUGCAUGGUAUUAGUUAUGCUUUUAAACAUUAUCAAAAAGAAAAGUUUUUUGAAAUGAAAGAACAGUUCCGAGGUGUAUUUCAAUUAUUUAUCGAACAAGAUAAAUUCAUAGGUGAUCUUGAAAACGUAAUUGAAAGAGUUGAGCGAUACUUGAAAGAAGAAAAUGAGAUUGACGCCAGUAAAAAACUCAAAAUUCAUAAGGAUAACUGUAAAAAAAUACUAAUGGAAGCCUUAGAAGAUAGAGGUCCCAACAUAGUUUUUAUUCAUGGUGAUGCUUGGAGCAAUAAUAUAUUAUAUAAGUAUGAUGACAAACGAAAACUGGAAGACAUAAAAAUAAUCGAUUUUCAAGUAAGCAACAUUGCGACACCUAUAAUAGACAUUAGCUACAGCUUUUAUACUGGAGCUUCACCUGAAGCUCUUGAUAAUCUGGAUCACCUACACCAAGUUUACUACAAAAGCGUCACAGAUACGUUAAAGCAGUAUGGUUGCAAUCCACAAGAGAUUUUGACGUAUAAGGCUUUUAAGGAGGAAUGGAAGAAAUAUGUUUUGUAUGGUCUACUAACAGGCUUGAUAAUCUGGUCAAUUAAGUGCACAGACAAAGACAAGGGUGCUACAAAUGUUGGUGAAUAUUUAAGUGAAGAAUGCGCCGAUGGUUCCAAGUCAUUGUUCAACCCAAAUGAAGAGAGGUUUAAAAAAGUUUCAUUAGCUUUAAUAAGACAUUUCCAAAAAUACGAUUUUUUGUAAAGCAUGUAUAAUAUAAAAAGUGGUUUAUGAAUAUAUUUAUCUGUAUCUA